GCGGACUCGGAAUAUUGUUUCAAAGUGUUUACCGUGAAUUGAUCAUCCGAAUCAUUUAAUGUCAAAUGCAAAACUGCAUUCUUCUUUCGUCUUCUGCCUAGGCGGAAUAACUCCAGACACACUCAGUUUUGUUACGUAUGGUGCUUAUGACAAUUUUUUCUCUUUCUGACGGACAAAGUCAUUCAAUAGUCGUCCGUUUCUCGUCUCAGUGGUUUUACAUGACAGUGAAGUGGAGAACAUGAUGCUGAAAUUAUUUGCUUUUGCAGCCGUAUUAAAUGCUUUUAUCCAGACUGUUGACGGUGCUGCAGGAGGUUUCAAUGCAACCGUGAAAAUCGCGCUUCCUAAAGCCCCCGCCCCUGUUGAGUUCUACGUCCCUGGUAAUGUGCCAUGCUACAAUAUGCCUUCCCCUCGAUAUCAGGAUCAAAUUCGAGAGAUAAUAGGGAUAACUUGCGUUAGAGCUUACCACAUGUUGGAUUGCAAAGGAAAGCAGGUCCCGGUGCCUGCAGGGAAAGGAUAUAGCUGGAAAGCUGACCGUAAAGACAUCCCCAACUCUCUUGGAGUAUGCUGAUUAUUCCUGCAAAAAUGUCAGCUGUAAACCACGCGCCAAUUCUGCCGUGCUGAGGAAAAACGCCGUGAGAUCCUUAAAAUGUUGCCUUAUUUCCCUCAAUAUAAGUCAUAUUCACCAGGAAAA